AUGCCGUCCCCGUCGCCUUCGCCGCAGCUGCGGGUGCUGUCCAGGCGCACCGUCAAGCCGCCGCCGCGCCCGCGCCCGCGCCCACGCAUCCCGCUCACCACCUGGGACGUCUCCUUUCUCUCCGCCGACUACAUCCAGAAGGGCCUCCUCUACGCCACGCCGCCCUUCUCCACGGCCCGCCUCCUCGACCACCUCCAGACCGCGCUCGCCCAGGCGCUCCACGCCUACUACCCCGUCGCCGGCCGCUUCGCCACGGACCAGCACCGCGACGCCCACGGCAACGUCCUCGGCUGCUCGGUCUCCAUCGACUGCGACGGCCAGGGCGUCGACAUCGUCCACGCCGUCGCCGACGUCAUCCCGCCCGACGCCGAUGUUCCGCGCCUCGUCCAGUCCCUCUUUCCCCUCGACGGCGCCGUCAACCACGACGGCCACCACCUCCCGCUGUUCGUCGUCCAGGUCACCGAACUCACCGACGGCGUCUUCCUCGGCUUCGCCUACAACCACGCGCUCUCCGACGGCACCGCCUUAUGGAGAUUCAUCAACGUAUGGGCGGGCAUCGCGCGCGACAGCCUCUCUGCCUCCCCCUCGGAGGAGCACAAGCACGCUCCAGCUCCGCCGCCCUUGCUGGAGCGCUGGUCCCCCGACGGCCUGACGACGCCGACGCCGCCGGUCGUGCUCCCGUUCCCCGACCUCACGGGGCUCAUCGAGAGGCUGCCCCCGCCGCCGCUGCGCGAGCGCAUGCUGCAGUUCUCGGCCCACACGCUGGAGGCGCUCAAGGACCGGGCGCGGGAGGAGCUCCUGGCGGCCGGGGACGCGGCCGGCGCGGCAGCCGUCACCAAGUUCCAGGCGCUCAGCUCGCUGGUGUGGCGCUGCGUCACCCGCGCGCGCCGCCUGCCGCCCGACCAAACAACCUUUUGCCGCGCCGCCAUCAACAACCGCACGCGCCUCCGCCCGCAGCUGCCGCCGGAGUACUUCGGGAACACCAUCUACGCCGUCGCCACGGAGGCCGUCACCGCGGCGGAUCUGCUGGAGCGCGGACACGGCUGGGCGACGGCGGCCGUGGGCCGCGCGGUGGCGGCGCACACGGACGCCGACAUCCGGGCGCGCGUCGCCGCGUGGAUGGCCAGCCCCGUCCUCUACAACCUCAGGUACUUUGACCCCAACGGCAUCAUGAUGGGCAGCUCGCCGCGCUUCGACAUGUACGGCUGCGACUUCGGCUGGGGCGCGCCGCUGGCGGCGCGGAGCGGCAAGGCCAACAAGUCCGACGGCAAGGCGUCGCUGUACCCGGGGCAGGAGGGCGGCGGAAGCAUCGCCGCGGAGCUGGUGCUGACGCCGGAGCACAUGGCGCUGCUGGAGCAGGACGACGAGUUCUGGGCGGCCGUUUCGCCGGACAAGCCUUGUCCGCCGGCGGGGAAGAAUUGA